UGCUGCGAGUACAAAGCUUGUCAAGAAAUUUAGAUUGGGAUUGGAUCUGCCUGAACUUGAGACGUUGAGAUCGACCUCAAAUGGAUGCCACGCUCAACGCUGAUCGCCGCCGGAGGAUGUGAGCAUGUCAUGUGCCGCUGCUCUCCAAGCGCCCCUCUCCCUGCCGGCUCCCACCUCCUUGGUCUCACUGUCUCCAGACUUCUCUCCCGCCCACACAUGUACCGCUGCUACAGUGCUCAAAAGGAAUGGAGGAUGGGAGACAUCUUGUGCGUGGUGUGGGCUGGCACUCCACUUGGCACGACAGCAAACCACAUCCCGUCCAUCACAUCGGUUUCGCUACUGUCCCUAGCAUCCAUAAGCAUAUCAUGCGGUGCGUUGCUACUCAUCGUCGCUGGCCCCUUGAUCCUCUCUGUGUCCGGCCCCUGGUCCUUCAUGCCCAGCAGCGUCUUGUACACGCCUCGACGAGAGUACGCUGCCGCCGUACCUGGCAAGUGGUAUUCACCCCAGCCGUCGCCGACAUUCUUCAGCGGGAUUCGCGUGCCCCCGUCGUACAGACGAACGAAGACGCCUUUGAUGAGAUCAGCCUCCGGGCCUGUGUCUUUGCGGUUGCAGCAGACAAGGCGACCGUCUGCGUUGUUGGUGAGAUUGACGGUCAUCGCUUCGGCCAAGAAAGAAAAGAGGGCCUCCCAAGGGGCUUCGAGGACAGCAGCGAAGGGCUCAUAGCGUCGUCGGAUGGACUUGUACUCAAAGGUGAUCUCGUAGCGACGGAUGACCCACGAGGCCUCAGGGCUCGUAGCCAUAGGCUGGCAGACAAACUCGUUGUAGCCGCAACGCAGGCGGCGAAGCUUCAGACGACCAUUGAUGCCUGUUUGGAGGGGCUUAGGGCGCAAAUGAGCUUGGCCAAGAGUGAUCGUCUUGCCGUUGGGGAGGUCAACUACAAUCUGGCCUUGCACGACCCGGCAUGGGCAACCUGCAGUCACGAGCUUGUCUCGGAGCUCCUUGCGCUGCUCUUCGGUGAGAACUGCAGGGCGGGUGAUGGUGUUGUGCUCCUGGACUCGCAAAGGCGGGCGGCACGAGAGCUGCCCACUUUCGGUGACGUAGUAGAUGGCGUCGUCUGCCUUGAUCUGAGGUACAAUGCGCAGCCAGCAGAGAUCAUCGACUUCUUGCUGCUCGUCAUCUUGGGGCUCUUGCCAUUCGAUGGUGACGGUUUGACCUUGAGUCAGGCCUUCGAUGGCCGUGUCGAUGUCGCAGGGCGACGUAAUUCUCAGGCUGGGGUCCCUGAGGGCGUCAAUCAGGUACUUGUUGCGGACAACGAGGGGCGAGUCGCCAAGCUUGACGCCCGAUGCUACAGUACACAGGGACCGAAGAAAGAAGAGAGCUUUUGCUGCGCAGCUGUCUGGCUAGAGUACUUCUCGCCCGUCUGUACGUCGGCGGUGGAGCUGGCUUUGACCGUAGCAGGAGCGAUGACAAUCUGGCGCCGCUUCUCCUUGAUGGUGGAAAGGGACGAAGGGGACUUGAGAACGCCUGCGAGCGGGCACAAUGAGUGAUUCCUUAGCAGAUUGAGCAUCAACAUGACAGAACGCAACUCACUCUCGCCGUCGGUGCUUGUCAUGUUGGCCUGGUGAGCGGCUUCCCCGUCCACUG